UACUAUAUAAAGAGAAAACAACAGCAGACUGGUUGACUUCUUAAACCACAAAGUAGACUGAAUCAAGAUCAAGAAAACUGAGAAAAGAUGGCUGAUGCAUUCGCAGCUGAUCUUGCUAGCAGACUGGUUUGCAAGCUUGUUUCACUUGCAGCUGAUGAAGUUAUCCAGGCUUGGAAUCUUCAGGAUGAUCUGAUCACUCUGCGCGAAAGGCUGGAAUCAAUUGAUGAUCUCUUGUCUGAUGCUGCUACCAAAAAACUAACUAUGUCUGCUGUGAAAAACUGGUUCAACAAACUUGAAGCAGUGGCUCAUGUAGCUGAUGCUCUUAUGGAUCAACUUGAGUAUGAAGUUACUCGAAGAAAAGUUGAGAAUUGUCAUAAGGUAAGAGACUUCUUUAUUCCUUCUAAAAACGUCUUAUUAUAUCGUUUCAAGGUGGCUCACAAGAUCAGGUCUAUUCAUGCUUCUUUUGACAAACUUUUCAAAUGGGCUAGAGAUCUCGGACUUCAUCCUGUAGCACAUUUAUCUGCAAGUGUGCUACCAGGGGAGGUCCGCAAUACCCCACCCUUUGAAGAUGAGUCACAAAUAGUGGGAAGAGAUAAGGACUUAUCAUAUUUAGUCCAAACGGUGUGCAAAGAUCAUGACCAGGAUUUACAAGUUGUUGCUAUAGUAGGGAUGGGAGGUCAAGGCAAAACGACUCUUGCUCGUAUGGUUUACAAUAAAGAUGUUGUGGUUGAUAUGUUCCCAAAGAGGAUGUGGGUGACUGUAUCGACUGAAUUUGAUUUCAUGAAGAUUUUGAAUCAUAUGGUGGUAUCACUUACUUCAACCUCAUCGGCUUUGGAAAAUGCAGAGGGAUUGAUAAACAAUCUAAAGAAGAAUUUGAAGGAAGAGAAGUUUUUGCUUGUGCUAGAUGAUGUCUGGAAUGAAAAACCAGAGGAGUGGGACAACUUGAGGAAUUCUUUGCUUGGAGUUGGGGGUGCAAGAGGUAGCAAAAUUAUAGUUACCACUCGCAAACAGGAAGUUGUUGAUGCCAUGCUAUGUUCUGUAUCGUAUGAGGUAGAAAAAUUGUCAGAUGAAUAUAGCUGGGAAUUGUUCAAGCAAAGAGCCUUUUCACACAGAGAAGCUUUAGACAGUGGGACAUUGGCUUCUUUGGGAAGAAGAAUGGUGCAAAGGUGUGGCGGCCUGCCUCUGGCAAUAAAAACACUAGGGGGUCUACUGCACUCUAAGAAGUCCGAAGAAGAUUGGUUACUAAUCUCAAACAGUGAAGUAUGGAAAUCAAAAGGUGUCAUGUCUUCCUUGAGAUUGUCGUAUGACAAUUUGCCAUAUUCAUCACUGAAACGAUGUUUUACAUAUUUCUCUAUCAUGCCAAAGGAUUCCAUUAUUUAUAAAAAUGAAUUGGUACAGAUAUGGAUGGCGUUAGGAUUCCUUCUGCCGCCUACAGAUAGCAAUGCAUUGAUGGAAGAUAUUGGUAACGAGUACUUCAACAUAUUGUUGUGGAAUUCCUUGUUACAGGAUGUAGAGAGGGAUGAAUUAGGAAACAUCACCAGUUGCAAGAUGCAUGAUCUGGUGCAUGAUCUUGCACUAGAUCUAUCUAAGUCUCAGUCUUUAACUGUGAAGGCAGGUCAUGAGUUAAAUUGUACUUCCAAACCUAUAUAUAUGAGGCUCGAAAAAGGAGUUUCAGAUAUAGAACCAACAAUAGCUAAGAGAAACUUUGAAAGGGUACAGACACUGUAUGCAGGACAUCGUAUCCUUAAUGACAUGUUACCUCAUCUCAAAUGCUUGAAUGUGCUGGUUCUGAGUACUCAUGAGAUUAGCAAUGAGUUGCCAACUUCAUUGCGCUUGAUGAAAUAUCUUAAAUAUCUUGAUAUCUCUUGCUUCCGUUGUAGAUUGCCUACUUACAUCACAGAACUCUAUAACUUGCAGACAUUGAGAGUUUGGGAUCUACAAGAGCUUCCAAGGAAUUUUUGCAACUUAAUUAACUUGAGACACCUAUACAUUGUGAAUGCAAAUGCAAGAUGCAUGUUUAUUGGUAUAGAUAAGUUAACUUGUCUGCAAACGCUUCCUCAUUUUGUUGUAGAUAAAGAUCAAAAUUGUCUUGUUGGACAACUGGGACCGCUGAAAAAUCUUAGAGGUAAACUUGAGCUCUAUGGCCUUGCUGACAUAAAAGAUAUGGAAGAAGCUAGCAAGGCAAGUUUGCGCACAAAGUAUAAUAUUCAGCGUUUGAUGUUAGACUGGAGCAACAAUACAGAUGAAAGAGAUGACUUAGAAUACAACAAUGAGGAGGAUGUGAUGGAAGGAUUAAAACCUCAUGAAAACCUGAAAGAACUGGUGAUUGACUACUUUUAUGGGAAUAAGUUUGCAUCAUGGAUUACAAAGAUGACAAACUUGGUGAAAAUCACAUUUAGGGAUUGCAACAGAUGUGAAGAAUUUCCAUCACUAGGUCACCUUCCUAAACUGAGGGAGAUGGAGAUAAAUGGGAUGGAAUAUGUUAAGGUGAUUGGAAGAGAUUCAUAUGAUGGUUCAGGGGCGGCUAGUACUGAGUUGAGUGACAAUGGGGCUACAAAAAUCUUGAAAACUAUUUAUCCGUCAUUAAGAAAACUCAUUUUGUGGAAUUUGCCAGAACUAGAGGGAUGGUUGGAACCAGGUAUGAAUACAAUGGGUGAAGACCAAAGAACUAUGCUAAUAUUCCCUGAACUUGAGUUGUUGAUUAUCAAAUUUUGUUCACGGUUUAGUACGAUGCCAAGUGCUUGUUUUCCAUCCUUGAAGCAAUUGAUAAUUCAAGACUCCGACAGCAGCAACAUGAUACUAGAAACUGUCACCAAAAAUGUCAGCUCUCUCACAUACAUACGACUGGGAAAUAUGAGUAAUGGACAAGGAUCUUCGUCUUCUUCAAACAUGGACUCCAUAAUUGACAAGCUGUUAAAGAAAAAUUCUAUGUCUUUAACAACUUUAAACCUAGAUGAUUGCCAGGGCUUGACAUGUCUGAGCCCUGGUGCAGCUAUUGUCGAACUGAUAGUGGUCAAUUGCUCUAAUCUAACUAGUAUCAACGUCGCUCAGGAGCUAAGCCCUCCAAAAUGUCUGACGCAUCUACAGAUAAGAUCUUGUCCCUGUCUUUCAAGCUGGAUAUUUGCCAGAAGUCUGUGUUCCACACUUGUAAGAUUGCAGUUAGGCCCCUUCGUGGAGGAAUUAGAUGAAUUUCCAUGGCCCGUCUCUUCUCCUGUAACUUCUUUUCCUAACCUAAAGUCACUACUAUUGUGGGGGUGGGUAAAGCUAAAGUCGAUGCUGCCUAUAGGUGAACUUGAUGAUAGUCUCUCGUGUAGCUUCCCUGCCUUGACUCAUUUGACAAUAUAUAAUUUUGAAGGAGUGAAAGGUCUCCCUGAUUCACUAGCAAAGCUUCCAUCUCUCAAGUUGUUAUUCAUUUGGAAUUGUAAGAAUCUGGAGAGUUUGCCAACAUUUGACGAAUCAGAUAGCCUUAUGUCGCUGAAGAUAAGUGGGUGUCCUAUUCUUGAAAAAAGAUGUAUGAAGGAGACAGGGCCCGAAUGGUUUAAGAUUCGACAUAUUCCACAUAUAAAAUGGGACUGAGAGAGGCGGCAGCAAACUUUCUCCACCUUUCAGCUUGCUAAUUCUAGAUAUUGCAGGGCAGUGGAACUUAACAUUCAACAUGCUAAAAAUAGUUCUGUGCAACUCAGUACAGCAAAUUACUAGCCGGUUCUGAUGUAAGUUGUCUUUUAACUUAUCAGUACCUUCCUUUAUAAAAGUUAAUCCUAAAUAUGGCAUGAAAAAGAAAAUUGUGGUGCAGUGGAUUAUGCCUUGUUUGACAUGUCGGAGUCACAAGUUCAGUUCCAGUGAGGGUUUAACUAUAGUCGCAAGUGCAGUGGAUUUAGCCGGCCAAAGUAUUGAGUAACAAUUCCAGAUUCUUGCCUAUAGCUACUGAUGGUUUGUCCUUAAGGUUGCAGUUUCGAAUGCUGCAUCUCCUCCACUGAAUUCAAGAUCAAUCUAAGCCAUAUUUGUAAAUUGAAGCAAUUAACGCUAAGCCAUCCCAUUAUCCUAGAGAAAAUACCUCUCUUAUAGUUGCAUUACAAUAUAUAUAUAUGUUCGUUUUUCUUAGCUUAUAGAGAUGAUUGUAUACAUAUUUUGAUGGAUGUUUCGGAGGAAAAAUCCUUAAAAUUAAGUAGUCAUGUGUUUAAUAAAU